UUGUCUCGCCUCGCGCGAGGAGAUUGCCGUCCGCUCGAGUGAGGAUUGUUUUCGGUUGAAGGCUUGGAGCACGUGUUUUGGGGCCAUCUAUUUUGGCUGUCGGCUGAACACUUUCACCUAUGGAGCGAACAUCUCAACUCGACCUGGUGGAGGUAAUACACGCAACGAAAACUUCUUCUCUCCACCAAAAAGAGCAAACUCAAGCCUGAAAAAGAAGCCAUUUUCCCCUUUUCCCCCAAAACCAUGAACUUCUCCGUUGGCGCCGGCUGUAGUGGGGACGGCGGAGGCGAGGGCGGGAGGGUGCAAGCGGAGCGAUGGCUGGAGAUUGCGGCAAAGCUCCUCGCUGCGCGCGACCUCGUUGGCUGCAAGCGCUUCGCCGAGCGCGCGGUGGAGGCGGAUCCGCUUCUCUCCGGCGCUGACGAACUCCUCGCCGUCGCUGACGUUCUCCUCGCCUCUCAGGCGAUGCUCUAUACCGGAGAGCCUGAUCCGUUCGCCGUCCUCCAGGUGCCCUCCAAAACCACCGACCACGGCGCCAUCUCCCGCGCCUUUCGCCGCCUCGCGCUCCUCCUCCAAUCCAGCAACCCCCACCCCGGUGCGGAUGUGGCCCUCCGCAUCGUCAACGACGCCUACGCACUCCUCUCUGAUCCAUCACGCCGGCCAUUGCGUUCUACACCUACCAGCAUCCCUUCUGGUGCUCCCUCUCAGCCAGCCGCUGCUGCGGCUGAGGCGGCGGACUUCUGGACGGCGUGCCCGUUCUGCUGCUACGUCCAUCAGUACCCGCGUGAGCUAGUUGGCCGCGCGCUCAAGUGCCCAAACGAGUCUUGCCGCCGGGGGUUUGUGGCUGUUGAGAUCCCUACACAGCCGACCAUCGUGCCGGGCACCGAGAUGUACCACUGUGCUUGGGGGUUCUUCCCCCUUGGUUUCCCCAACUCGGCGGAUCUGGGUGGCAACUGGAAGCCAUUUUACAAGGUCUUCCCUUGGAACAAUGCACCAAGUGGUGGGGGUGCCAUUGGUAGGAACUAUAGUAACCAUGGUGGAGGCAGCAAUGACCGGCAGCCACAGAAUGGGAGCGCUCGUGGUGGAUCAUCCAGAGGUAGGGUCAAGAAGACAACUGCUCGCAAGAAGGUUGGGACGGGGCCCAAGAGGCGUUCAUUUGGUGGUGGUGUGGAGAGCGGCAUUGAUGCAUCGAUGCUUGGACAGGAUGGGUGGGCUGAGGGUGAGGAUGGUGAAGGUGGACAGCGGGAGGAGGUAAGAGGGAUUAACAUAAAUGAGGAGGCACAGGCUACAGAUGGUACUUGCAGGGCCAAUGUCACAGGAGGAGUUGAGGACCUGGGCAGUUUCCAUUUGGAUGUUGAUCCGACAGAGGAUAUACUAGGGAAUCUGGGAAAUUUACACAACUUGCCGUUCUUGAGGGUGGAUAAUCUUGGGAGGAUGCUGUAACUGUUGACAUGGCUUGUCAUGGUGCUGAAGGCCUGAAGUAUUGUAUGAUUAGCUGGGUUGGAACAGAUGCUCCAAGGACCGCCUUUACCUUUCUUGUUGUAGUUCUUGUUAUUGUGCCAUUAUCUCAUCUUGCAGUGUAGUGUACUUUGUUGUAGUUUGCUAGCAAUGGAGUCGUUUGAUUCAGGCUGCCACAGAAGUACUCUGUGACUUUGUGGUACCUCCAAAUUUGUCAGGACAUGUGCUCUUGUCUUUGCCAGACAAACUUGUAGGUAUUUCUUGUAAUGGAAAUAAUGUUUCAUACAUCAAGUGUUGUUUGAUUGGUUA